CCCAGUCGAGUUGGCAAGCCCCCAACACUCGCAAAUUACAAGCCUGUUCAGUCUAGACUGCACUGUAAUGACGACAGGUGAAGGAAACGAAGUCGUAGCAGACCAGCCGGCUCUGAGCGGAGCCAUCGCGUUAGACCCCAGCGCUGUCUACAAUGGCAACGGUGAGGUUGAUGGUAGCACGGAGCCAUUGAGUCCCAAGAAGCGAACGAGGACUACCAGCCAAGAUGUUGAGGCCGCAGAAAACUCAGUCAAGCGGGUAAAGGGCGUUGCACCGAUCAAAGCAGAGUUCUUGAUACACCGAAGCGACAACAAAACUGACACUAGAGAUGAGAAUGUGGACGAUGAUGCAGCUGAAGCCGCCGAUGAUCGCUAUCACAAAGGUGACGCACGCGAUGGUGGCAAAGGCAAGAACAAGAAGAAGGAUAAAAAACAAAAAGGUCAGAACACAAGUCGAACUUUUGGAAGCUCGCGCGACAAGCUGCCAUUGUGUGGCACUCGCGCACUGAGCAAUGAGUUCUCAGCAAAAGAGUGCCAAUUCGGUGUCAAGUGCAAGUUCGAACACGACCUUCGCAAGUACCUGAAAGAAGGCCGACGAGAAGAUUUGUCGACUUUCAACGGCCAGUGCCCAGUAUACGAGGCCAAAGGCUACUGCCACUUCGGCUGGAAGUGUCGAUUCGUUGGUAGCCAUUCUGAAGAGCGGGCCACUGAGGAUGGGAGGCAAGAGUUGGUUCUAAAAGAGGAUGUUGAGCGUAAAGAAAAGACUGCGGAACUGGAAGACUAUGAAGUUGACGUCGUCAACGUCGUACCCAAAGAAGUCAAGUUCGGUCUCUCACGACGAAAGAUUGGGACUCCACGGUCUGAUCAGUACCUGGAAUGGAUCGAGAAAAACAAAGAUGCUGAGCGGUCCAUGUUUGACAAUGCUUCGGGUGAUGCUGGGGCACUAAAAGAAGAGAAGGAUGCUCGCCGAGCAGAAUAUGUCGAAGCGCCAUUUAGACCCUCUGAAAAGCGACGACUCUACUAUGGACCGGAAACGCCAGUCCUUGCCCCUCUGACCACACAAGGAAACAUGCCCUACCGCAGACUUUGCGUUGAUCUCGGUUGUCAAGUGACCUGGAGCGAAAUGGCAAUGGGAAUGCCACUCAUCCAAGGCGAGAGAGGCGAGUGGGCGCUCAUGAAAGCACACGAGUCUGAGAUUAGCGCCCCAAGAUUUUCAGGCAAGAACACCGUUGUGCAAGGCUACGACAACUCCACGGAUCUCAAAUUUGGCGCCCAGAUUGCUGCAAACAAGCCUUGGCUAGCUACCAAGACUGUAGAAGUCCUGACCGACCAUUGUCCCAAGUUGCGGGCCAUCGAUCUCAACUGCGGUUGUCCAAUCAACCUCGUCUGCGAAAAAGGCAGCGGUUCUGCCUUACUUGAUAGUGAGGCGAAGCUGGAGCAUAUCCUACGCGGUAUGAGCUAUGUCUCAAAGGAAGUCCCUAUCACGGUCAAGAUCCGCAUGGGCACCAAAGACAAUAAUCCGACCGCACAGAAGCUCAUCAAGCGUCUUGUAUUGGGCGGUUAUGAAGCUGUCGAGUCUGGAAAAGGAACGUCAGGCGUUGCCGCCAUCACCCUUCACGGCAGAAGUAAGCAGCAACGAUACUCUAGGAGCGCGGACUGGUCUUAUAUUGCCGAAUGCUCUUCUUUAAUUAACAGGCUGAAAAAGGAGAAGGACGCACGAGCAGACACGAUCGCAGAAGCCGAUCCUCGCGACCUUGCCAAUGGCGGCCAAGUUUACUUUGUCGGCAACGGCGACUGCUACUCUCACGAAGACUACUACAAUAACAUCGACAACGCACGCGUUGACUCGGUCAUGGUGGGCCGCGGUGCAUUGAUCAAGCCUUGGAUCUUUGAAGAGAUCGAGAAGGGCCAAUACCUCGACAAGUCAGCCAGUGAGCGUCUAGCGUACAUUGAGAAAUUCGCGAAAUACGGACUUCAAACCUGGGGCUCGGAUGAACAGGGUAUCGGUACGACACGUCGCUUCUUGCUUGAGUGGCUCAGCUUUGCGCACCGAUACGUGCCAGUGGGUAUUUUGGAACAUCUGCCACCAAACAUUCAGGAUCGACCACCGACGUUCAAGGGACGGAAUGAAUUGGAGACGCUGAUGGCUAGUGAACAUUACAAGGAUUGGAUCAAACUCAGCGAAAUCUUUUUAGGACCCGCGCACCCUAACUUCAAGUUUGAGCCAAAGCACAAGUCUAACGCCUAUGAAAUCGAAGCAGAGGGGUAAAAGGUGAUGCGAAUGUCUUUUUUACCUUUUCCGCUCGGAAAAUGCCUUCAUGAAAGUUCUUUGAUCCUGAAUCUACCAGUGCAUGGCAGACUUCUAGGACUUAUAGGAGAUGUCACAUCCUGCUCUCUCACAUGAAGGGAUGCUAAGAGACUAAAAGAACCUGUAACAAUACAUGGCUCUCCUACUGGAGAUUAGCAUGCAAUACAAUCUUCCUCAAAUCGUGG